UUAAAAAAACAAUAAAAAGAUCCUGCAAAAAAUACUAGCUUUACGCGCUAUGCUAUACCAGCUUCAAUAAAUCCGGCCAUGUUAAACUAUAUGGAAAGGUCGAAGUUUACCGAUGUCGGUUUAAUCUACAAAUCGCUCUCGCUUACCCGAGUGAUUGCGAUGAGCAUACUGUGCAAGAGAUGUGUAAUUAUGCUAGCCUUCAAACUGUUGCAUAGAGAUGGUGAGAGCGAACUACUUGUGCAAAUCUCGUAGGACGAAUGUACACACGUUGUGCAUGUGGGUACCUCAUGAUCGCUCGACGGGUACAUUCAUAACGGGACGUUGUCAGCGUGCACCGUCAUUAUUUCUACUGCAGCUCUUGCACGUCUACUUGAACUUAACAUCGUAGACUGGCUUACGCUUGUCACCUGAGGUGUCAGUAAAACUGUAACGCUGAGGCUCAACAUCCACUCCCACCCCCAGAGACCCCCCGUAGAGUUCAGCCCUGUUCUGCAAAACAGAUUGAGUCACGAGCUGGGCUCACCAUGUCAGAGGUGUCGCUGACUGUAAAGGAGGCAACUGCCAAAUUGCUGCAUGUCGUCAGAGAAGGGUCAAAGCACCUCCCAGGCUCCCCGACGACCCAGGCUUUGACGGUGGGAGCGGUGGUGGGAGCUCUGACCUACUUGCUGCUGAAGAAACGGUAUCGUCUGCCGCCCGGUCCUUUCCCCCUCCCCAUUUUGGGAAAUGUCCUGGUGUUUUGGGAGAAAGAUCCAUUCUAUAUGACACUUUUGAAAUGGUCUAGAGAAAAGUAUGGCCCUAUUAUCACCGUUUACUUCGGACCCAGACGCUGUGUGACGCUGAACAGCAUUGAUGUGGUUCAAGAGGCGUUGGUCAAAAGAGGAGCCGACUUUGCUGGACGCCCUUGUUCCUUUUCAAUGGAUGUCUUCAGCGGAAACGGGGAAGAUAUUGCAGGUGCCACUUAUUCACCACAAUGGAAGAUGGUACGAAAAGUCGGAAGCCAAGCCAUCAGAUCUUUUAUGACAGGCUCUCGGCUGGAGGUCGCUGUCCAGGAUAUGGUGUCAUUAGCGAUCGACAAAAUGGCUGCUGAGAAUGGCCUUUUGACCCUCAUAUCGUCUUGUCAUCUCUGGCGAGAAUUCGAUGACCCAGAGCUCCUUCAAACGAUGCAGAUCUUCGACACCAGCAACGAGCUCGUUGGUAACGGUCUCUUGGAGGAUACCGUCGCUUUUCUACCUGUGGCUGUGACGAGCAGAGCUCGCCAGUUGAAGACAGAGUUCGGCAAAUUCAUGGACUUCAUAAAUUACAAUGUCGACGAUCACAGGAAAACAUUAUCAAAUGACAAAGUUCGGGACAUGACAGACGCUGUCCUCCUUGCUCAGAAAAGUGUGGAGGAAAAAGAUCCAGAAAAGAUGGCCAUGUUUACAGAUGCCAAUGCCAAACUAAUUGUUACUGAUCUUUUUGGGGCUGGCGUUGACACAACGCGGAUGACCCUGGAAUGGGGCCUAUACUUGAUGGCUAGUUUCCCAGAAGUCCAGAGAAAAGCUCAGGAGGAGAUUGAUGAUGUCACAGGAGACCGGAUGCCACAGCUUGCGGACUACGGCAAACUUCCCUACACGGAAGCUGUGAUGUACGAGAUCAUGCGCGUGGGCACAGUCAUUCCUUUCGGCUUGCCUCACGAGACCAUAUGUGACACGACAGUGGGUGGCUUCGAUGUCCCCAAAGGAACGAUGAUCUUCAUCAACCACUGGGCGCUACACAAUGAUCCUGAUCACUGGGACAAGCCAGAAGAGUUUCGUCCAGAACGUUUCCUAGACGACCAAGGCAAGAUGGCGCCUAAGCCUGACAGUUGGCUCCCUUUCUCGACAGGGCGUCGGGUGUGUCUGGGAGAAGCCAUCGCCAAGCCAGAGAUCCUGCUCGUGCUGGCCUGCAUCUUGAAACGACUGAAUAUCUCGCUACCGGCCGGCGACAAGUUUGAUCCUCGACCGGCGUACAACAGUACUAUCGUCUGUACCCCUAAACCUUACAGAAUCAUCGUAACCAAACGCGCUUAAACCUUAAAUCUGAUCAUGGUAUUUCCUCCCACUUAAACUGUUCAAAACGUUUUUUUAAAAAUGUAUAUUCAGCUAUCCUUGUAAAGUCAAUUGCAUCAGCAAGACGUUUCUCUAUUUUAAUCGGUGGAUAUAAAACCAUAUUUACUGCUUUAUAAACUGUAGGGAUAUUAUUUUCAGGGCGCACAUUUCGAGCUAUGUAUUGUAUGAUAUAUGGAUGCCGUUUUUGAUACCACAUAUAUUUUUUACUUUUUUAUUUGUUUCAAAAACAUUAUAUCUUGCGUCUUAAGUUUUUAAUAUUUUUUCUUCCAAUCCUCUCUCGUGGGCCUUAAAGACUAUCGGGAGUAACUAUACAAGUCUGCAAAAAGUAUUAAAUGUAAAUAGAGCAGUAAUCACACUAAUCUGCUCGAUCCGCUGCCUCCAAAGACACUGAAUGGAUCUCGGGCACUUAUGAUCUGGUCGAGCUCGUACAAGAAAUGGUGCGAAAACGCUGGCAACACUCGAUGGUAGUCUCAAAAGAAUUCCACCAAGAAGGCAACAAAGCAAUCGGAAAUUAUGGGAUUCUCAUCACUAUAGAGAUGGUUUACAUUUCUUGUACCAGAUGAUAGACACGGAAUGCGUUUCCUAAACUACGCAGAAGAGGAUUAUUCGCCUGGGGCAAAAACUUUGAUGACAAUGACCCCAAUGCGUCACUCGGCGUGCAUAGGAAGAUUUGUGGCUUUAUCUCGAGAGCUUUCGUCUUAUUGUCAUCGCUUUUGUUAUAAUUUUGUCACACGUUGUAAUGCGUGUUUGUUUGUGUCACAAUACUUCACUAUAUAACCAGGAUCGGCUGUCAGUGACAAAUUUAAACGUAAGACAGAGAUGUCUUCGUGCUUUUCGUGAGUACUUUGUCGGUCCCUGCUUUGUACUAAAUGGACAUGCUUGACAGAUAACAACUUUAAUGCUAUAGAGAUAAGAUGUAUCGGUAUAAAUAAAUACAUCUGUUGCAGAGGUUGAACUGAUAAUCGCCCUCUCCCUACUUCCCCUGUAAUUUAGUGCACUUGUGUAAUCGACUACCCUUAAUUGAGAUUCGCACUCUCCGCCCACACACCCGAACAAAACAUGAAAUCAAAUAUUAAUAAAUGCAAAGUUUGUAAAGCGCAUACCCACUCUCCUAAGGUAGAUGCUCUUAGCGCUUAAGAACAAGAACGAAACAUGGGCAGCAUACGAGGAACAAGAACACAAACAAAUAACAUAUUAACUAUAAAAGAAUUUUUAAAAAUCCGUACUAAAAGAAGAAUAAAAUUAAAUAGAGAAAGCACGAAGAGGUACCAAAUAGCAAGAACAAGAACUGGCAAACUGUGUCAAGUUAAAGUUAAGGCAAUAUACAUGGAGGAACAUUUGACACGGAAUCCGCGGUUCGACCAAGUUUGGCAAAGCUGUUACAGGGCGGUUAUAUUUUUUUUAAAUGCUAACUUGCUAAAACGUUCGACCACAUUUGUCCUCCUAGGACAUAGGUAGAAUCGGCUGUAAAAAGUUUAUGUGAUUAAAAAAAAAAAAAAAAAAAAAAAAAACUAAAGUGGCGUGUAUUCAAUUAGCGAAUCUUUCGCGAAAAAGAAGUCUCGACCUUUUUCCAAAAUCCAGCAAAGCUUAACUGCUCUGUUCAAAUCGUUUUGUCUCGUAAAUAAAACAGGCGUUGUCUCUCAGAUCUUGGAAACUAGAAUCUUUCAAGAACUUACCCAACUCAUUUGAGAGAAAGUUUACAGUCGGGUAAUAUUUAUAACAAAUAUUGACCUUAGUGCUUCCCUUCUACACACACCCAGUUGGGCGCGUUUUAUCUUUUGUAAUUUACAGAAAUGCUCUUUGUAUGAAGGCUCCAAACUUCAGUCCUUGUGUGCUUAAUCUCUUUUCUUUCUCAAAAAAAGAACUCACGAGCAGAGCUGGUAUUGUAAUCUUAUCAGUCUUAGCGGUAUGGUUUAAGAACAUAUAAUUUUGAUAAAACGAAUUCUGCAUACGACACAUAAUAUUAACUUCUUUGAAAGUUUAAAACCCCACACACAAUGAGGUGUUCAUUAUUACUCACGAGUAUAAUGUACAGACUUGACCUGUUCCUGUUUGCAAAUAAACUUAAGAGAACCUAAAGUCAAUAGAAACUUUGGGGAAGAA